UGCUGGGCGGAGGGACGGAAUGAAAGAGAGAGGAGGGGGUGAAAGAGGAAAGGAGGGACGAGCACCGCUGAGGGUGGAGAUCAGAGACGGAAGUGCAAAAACGGCGGACUCGUCUGUCAACGAGCGAUCGCUCGGCCGCGUGCGCGCAGCCCCAAUACCUGGCCGGCGGAGACGCGCCUCGGUGGGAAACGCGCUUUCGCGAGCUUCGGACGCACUCACGCACGCUCGCUCGCGAACGCGCGCGCGCGCUCUCGCGUAGAAGGGCGGCCCUCACGCGCUGCCUGAGCUGCUGCUGCUGCUACUGCUGCUGAAGCCUCCUCCUCUUCUUCUGCUUCUUUUUCUCCUUCUUCGGCGGAUUUAUUGUUUCACUUUGUGAGCGGAGAAACCCCGAGUCUGCGCCUCUCUCUCCACGGAUUGUUUGUUCUCUCUCUCUCUCUCUCUCUCUCUCUCCCUUUUUCUUCUUCUUUUUUUUUGUAUAAAUGGAUACGAGCUUCCUUCACGAUGGACGUGCUGAUAAACGGCGUUUUUUCCCGGUCACAAUGUCCUCGUAAAUCCGAGGAAUAAACGACGAGAGGGCAGUGGACAGAAAAAAAGUCUUUCUGCGGAAACUCUGAGACUUGCGAGCGGCUUCUUUUGUCCUUUCCACAGCACCAACUUUCUUUCUCCACUCGUGGUUACGUGGGCUAGCUCGAGUCAAUUCGACUGAAACACACACACACACACACACACACACACACACAGCCGAGUAUACACUCUCUCAGACACACACACACCGACACACAGAUACGGACAGAAACCUUGAAGGAGGAUUGAGAAUAAAUAUAAGAUACUUGGUGGGAUUGUGUUGUAUGUGAGUGGAUUAUAGACGCUGAGGAGAACCAGGCAGAACGUCAUGUUCCUCUUUGUACUGUUUUGGCCGUGAAUCGGGUCCCCGGGAUGUUAACGAUACUACAAAUAAAAGUCCAGACGAAAUUAGGUUUGGAGAUUUUAGGAGUAAAAGAGUAAAGCUCAGGCCCCGAUCCUGGUAGCAAAAGAAAGCGCAGGAAAACAGAAAACAUCUCUGCACACUAACUGUGCACGGGACCCUUUCGAGUAAAAGCUGCGAUAUAACAGUCGCUGGGAUCAGCGGGAUUGCACCAUGUUUUCUCCAACUGCAGCAUUGGCUCCUCCUCCACUUCUAACGGGGAACGCUCUAGCCGUGCCUGGUUCUUCCCCUUCAGGUCCCUACACAGAGCAGGACCUGCUGCGUCAAGAGCUGAACUCCCGUUUCUUGGCCUCCCAAAAUGUGGAUAGAGGAAAUCCUCUGGCUGCUCCGUCUUACCUACGUACCGAGUUCCACCAGCACCAGCACCAGCACCAGCACCAGCACACACACCAACACACACACCAGCAUACCUUCACCCCGUUCCCUCACCCGGCCAUCCUGCCAGGCCCUGUAGCACCCCUGGUGCGUACCAACACCAGACAUUUUGACAAAUACCCACCAAAGGUCGACUCCUUUCACAGGCACAAUUUACUUCAGUCGUAUCCUACAGUAAUGCCAGGAUUGUCUCCCAUGGUGCCCCCAACAGGGAUAUUCAGCUCUCUGCAGGGAGCCUUCCAGCCCAAGGCCUCCAACCCACUCGAUGUAGUUCCUGGACCAGGAGCAAUGCCUCGUCCACUCAUACAGAAGGAAUCCAGAUUGUUGGACUCGGCGUGUCCUACACCAAAGAAACCCGGCAAAUGGUGCGCAAUGCAUGUUCACAUUGCAUGGCAGGUGUACCACCAUCAGCAGAAAAUAAAGAAGCAGAUGCAAAAUGAGCCACACAAGCUAGACUUUGGGUUGAAGCCAGAGUUCCUGAGUCGACCUUCUGGUUCAGGUCUCUUAGGAAUGAUCCAGCAACCGCGUGACUUGCCCCGCCCUUCCACCAUCUUUUCCAGCGCUGGUCCCACACACCCUUCUGUUUCACCUUAUGGAUACUUACCCCAUCCUCACAGUAAUCUCCACACACCCCCCUCUCAUCAUGACCCUCUGAAUAAGCCACCAGGGUUCGGAGGUUUGGGAAUUCUGAGCUCCACAGCGUUCGGAGGGCUUGGAAAUCCUACAAUAACACCAAGCUCUGCACAUGGAAGUAAAGACAGUAAAGCAGCUCCAACUUCAGCAGGACCUCAGGAGCCCUGGAACAGGUUGCAGCAGACACCCUCGUCUUUCCCUACACCCCCUGCCUGGCCACAGCCCCCUGAACUCGAAAGAGUAAUGGACAAGAGAGAUUUUGGACUCAACAAAGAAGAGCACGAAAGGGACACGAAAGAGAAGUUAAAUGUGAGACACCAGUCACCUUCUAACACAAGUCCACAGAGUCAUAAGCAAACAGUACAGUCCUCUAGAGACACUCCUGAGCCAAAAGACAAGGACAGAGCUAGAGAACGAUCACAAUCCCAGGAACCCCCCAACCAGAGUGGAGAGACCGAGGAUCAGAGGCACAAGGACAGUCAGCAAGAGAAGAAGGAAAAAUCCACUAAGGGUGACCAGCGUCCUACUGAGGAAAAAGCUCCUUCUGAGGACACUCUGUCCCCCCAGCAACAAAGGAUUCGAGUUGAGAAGCGCAGUAGUGACGGAUCACUGUGGGAGCCGGACGCUAAGAGGAGUAGACUAGAAGCCGAGCAUGCCAAGAGUAUCCAUGUUAAAGUGAAGGAGGAGAGGAGAGAGAUUCGGGACUCUCCUGAAAUCAAGCCACCUCCUAAAGUUUUUGAGAAACCAGUGCAGGAUCGAAGAACGCCAGGGAUGCAGCCGUUGCCCAUGUCCUCCAUUCCUGUGCCUCUAGGAAUGACAGGAUUUCCACAUGGCCUUGAAAGGACUCGCUUAAUGACGCCACUGGUUGGGAUGAGCACACUGUCUGGUGCUGAGCGAUUUCCAUACUCUCCCCAGCAUUGGGAUCCAAUUCGGAGUAUGAGCCGUGGUCUGGACAUUACUCAAAAAGACCCUGUUGCCAAGGAGCUGCUGCUGAGGGGCGACCCACUGCAGCGUGUUUACCCACGCGAGCCGCUCCUCCACCCGUUUAUGCUGGAACAGCAGCAGAGGUGCCAGCUGGAAGAACGCCAUCGCCUGGCACUGCUGCGUGAGGAGAGCGAGAGGAGCCGCCUGCUGGCUCUGCACCACCACGCCACCCUCGAGACCCAGCUGGCACAUCCCGGCCUUCUGCCCGGACCCUACGCCAGCCCGCUGUUUCCGCGCCUGGCACUGGCUCAUGCUGCACCCUAUGGCACUCUGAGCAAGGCUCUACCUCAUGCAGGCUACAUGCAUGCCCCUCCGCCCCCUCUGCUGCCUGGAAUGCCCAUGCGGCCUCCUUCUCCCAGACGGACUACGCCACUGGCAGACAGAAAUGUCGAGGCGCCAUGAGUGGGACAUAAUGAGGGCCUCACUGAGGCUGAGCCAAGCACUUCAUGUCAAAUACGUGAUAAAUAUGGAAAUGUACAGGGGCAUCUGGGCUGAUGCCUGGAUCCAGAUUAAGUCUAGAUUUUCAUUUAAUUGCAGUGUCAGUGGUGAAUCAGAGUUCUUUUUUUUUUCCCAACUUCUGCUACUCAAUUCAUUACCAGGAAACUGGCCCAUCAUUUUUUUUUUUUUUGUGAAAAAAAUUAAAAAGAAUUUUAAGCAAAAA